CGCCGCGCCCCGGCUCCUGCGGAGCAGCUUCGGCCCCCUGCAGACUGUAAGCGAGGAGAAGGCACCCCAGGCUGCACGAAGCGAGGACUCUCCGGGCCUUUCCUCCUCAGGCCUUCGCUGCAGACGCUCCGGGGCCUCCGGGCCGCUGCGGAGGCGCUGCCGGGGCCCGGCGGCGGCCCCGCCUCCCUCGCCCCGCUACCGUCUCCACGGCAACGCGGGCGCCGCCGAGGCGGAGCGCGGCCGCUGCGGAGCCGUCGGCGGGGGCCGCCGCCAUGGAGGCCGGUGCCGAGCGAGUUUCCAGUCAGGCGGCGGCCGAGGGCGGCGCAGAGGAGGCGGCAGCGCCCGGCGACGGCAGCGGGCCUGGGGGCGGCGAGAGAUACACGGGACAGUUGUACAUGGACCAUCGCCAUGGGAAAGGGAUAUGCUACUGGCCUGAUGGUUCCAAAUUCAUUGGAGCAUUUUAUCUCAGCCACAUAGAAGGCUAUGGGACUUGGGAAUGGAAGGACGGCAGAAAAUUUCAGGGGCUGUACAAAUCUGAUGAGCGAUUUGGACCGGGAAUUGAGAGCUAUCCAGAUGGCUGUCAGGAUGUUGGCUUGUGGCUGAGGAAUCAUCUAAUUAAACUAUGUACUGAAGUACCUGGUUAUUUUUCUGUCUCGGAUCAUCCAGAACACUUCAGAUAUGUUGAUGCCAGUUCUCAAAGGAAGUAUAUUUCUGUUGAGGGGGACCCAUUUCUCCGUAGCUAUAAACGUCUCCCCUUUGAUGACAAGAAUAUUUUGCCUGAAGGAGUUUUUGCCUAUUCCCAUAACACAGAUCAUCUUACUUUGACUUGCACCUUUCUGAAAGAGUGUGAUGCUUCAUAUUUUCAGAAUACCUCCAAGCUGCCUGAGGAAGAACCUUGGCCUGUUGCAAAUGUAACCCCCUUACUGGUCAGAAUGCAGAUGCAUGUUUAUAAGCACAGGUGCUGUGAAGCAGAGUUUACUUCAGACGUCAACUUCAUUCUCAGUGGAGUCCGCAGUACUUAUGGGCCUCCAGGCCCCAAAGAACUUGCCUCAGAGCAGUUAAUUCAGAAAGCGGCAAAAGGAGACUUUGAUGGGGUCUAUACGAUUCUGAGGGAUGAGCUUGCUCAUCCGGACGUAGCAGACAAACAUGGAUACACAGCACUUGCUGCUGCUGCUGUUAAUUCCCACAACGAUAUUGUCAAUCUUCUUCUCGAUAGUGGAGCUGAUGUGAAUAAGUGUAGUGAUGAAGGAUUAUCUGCUCUCUCCAUGUGCUUUAUUCUGUAUUAUCCAGCAGAAUCUUUUAAGGGUAAUAUUGCUGAGAGGAACUUGCACAGCUGCAAGCAGAACGAACAAUCAGAACCGUCAGAAACAGCUAAUGUGUCUGAAGGCGUAAUUGCAGAACAGCAGAAGAGAUGGGCAACAAUCCAGCUGCUGCUUCACCGAGGUGCAGAUCCCAAUGCAUGCUGGAUACCAGCACCCCUUCUCUUCCUUGCCGUUAAAGCUGCAGAUGCAGAAGCAGUGAAACUCCUCUUAGAAAGGGGAGCCAGGACUGAUGUGCGGCUUCCAUCCAAGUUUGGGGGUUUAACCCCUCUCCACAUAGCUGUAUCUAUUCCUGGGGAGGAAGGAGUCCAGAUAACACAGUACCUCCUGCAUUCUGCACCAGAUCUUGAUGCAAGGGCAGAAGAUGGAAAUGAGGUAUAUGGUCCAGACCAGGUUCCUCUGCCUCAAACCAGAGAAACCCAGUUGUCCCGUGGUGUCACUGUGCACCUGAAGAAUGAAGCAGGACCACCAAAAGGGUACUUCUCCUCCUAUUUUGGUCCUGUUCCAGAAGAAGGUGGAAGGAGUGCAUUGCAUAUUGCAUGCGAAAGAGAGGAUAACUGUGAGCAUUCCAGAGAUGUUAUCCGCCUCCUUUUAAUGCAUAAGGCAAAUCCAAACACACUGUGGAGUGGCCAUUCACCACUUUCCUUAGCAAUCGCCAGUGGGAAUGAUUUGGCAGUGGUCGAACUCCUCAAACAUGGGGCUGAUCCAAAUCUGCCAUUAAGCAGAGCAGUAAGAAGUGCCCUCUGUACAGCUGUCAGUACCACAUAUGAACAGAAGAGAACAAAAGCACAGAGGAUUGCUUUGGUUGAUAAGCUGCUUGAAGCUGGCGCGGAUAUCCUUGCACCAGUUACUCUUAGGGAAGGACAGCAAAAAGCAGUGGGAACAGCUGUCGACUAUGCCUAUUUUGAAUAUUUUCAGGAUAGGAGAAUUGCUCACACACCAUACCAUGUACUGACAGCAUCUGAGCGGGAGAUUUUUCAAAAACGCCAAUCACUGAUGGAACACAUUACUGGGAAGCUCCGUGAGCGUGUCAUCCUGAAAGAGAAAGAAUGGAAUCAGGAAGAGCUGCGAAGAUCCAAGAAAUUGGAUUCAAAUAUUCGUACAUCUGCUUCAAAGAAGAAAUCGGGGAGCCAUCAUGCGAAAGAAGUGAGGACACCGUUUUUUAAAUACUGCUAUCAGUGCGGACGUUCUGUUGGUGUUCAGCUGACAUCUUGCAUUCAUUGCCAUGAAAUCUUCACUUGCAGUGAAGCUUGCAGAAGGAAAUCCUGGAAGGAGCGGCAUAGGCAUGAGUGUUCGGGAUUGCUGGUCAGUUUCAAGAGAGAAGAAUCUUUCAGGUGAGCACAGAACAAAAGGAAGAUGCUCCUGAAGACUAAUGUUCAUUACUGAAAUCAUAAAUAUACAACUUUCCAAGCUGAAGAACCUCAAUACAUCUAACAAGCUAGGAGGAACGGGGCUUUCAGUACAAACUUUACCUCUAUCUGCAUAUUAGAAUAGAAAUCUAUGAGAUUUCUGACCUUUGUGCAUUGAAUCAUUGAUACCACCCUACUGUGGUUCAGGUAAACUGCAGCAUUUGUCAUUGACAAAAAAAAGGACAUUAUACACGUUAUACACAUGCACACACUACACAGCAGUAGAAGACUGGCAUAGUGGAUUUAUACAAGAAAUUAAAGUGCUGUCACCAUAUGAGAUGCUCGCAUAUGAGCCACAAUGAGGAAUCUGAAAUGUGAAGAUAAAUAAGGAACUGCUGCCAUUCUGAGGCUGAUCUGUCUUUUAGUGGCUGUCCAGCCACUAAAAAGUCGGUCCAGGAUGGGUCUUUUAAAUCUGGGUACUUGUAAAACCUGUGAAGGGAGUGAGGCCUGUCCAACUGGAGAUGAUUUAUAUGAAGCAUACAUGCUUAUCAGUAUGGGUUCUAAACAUCUUCUAGCGGUUUUCCCAAGAUAAGAUAUCAGUGGUGUACUUCCCAGAUUAUAUGGGAAUAAAUGAAACUGUUCUUAAUAACGGGAGAUUUCCCUUGCACCUUAAUCAAGUGCUUUUUCUUCUUCCUGUUCCUUUCAUAAAGUUUUGUUACACUCCUGCAUAUAAUUAAAGCUUUUGAGUUUCACUCUUUUCUGGAAGCUACCUUUCACCCACUUACACACUUCUGCUUUUACAGCAUUUGAUGUAUGAGAACUGCAACACGUGUAUACAGAACACUCUGUUUUUACUACUAUUUUUUCAUAUGUUUGGGAUGGAAAUGGGAACAGACUUAGAAAGGGAAGUCCUGAAGACUGUGAAUCGGAACCACUAGAAAACAAUAAAAAUGAUCUGGGGGAAUGGUAGAG